GCAGCAUUUGCUCAGCCCCCUGCUUUAAAGCCACCGGAUGGCUCCCGAGGGGCAGCAGCUGCUGGGGCACUGACAGCAUCAGACCAGAGGCCUUUCCCUCCAUCACCAGGCAAGAGGACACUUUGCUUUGGUUCAGAAACCCAUCCAGGAGAAGCAAAAUGUUCAAAAAGAUUACCCAAUGCAUCGCAAAGCAGAUGGACCCGAGAGGAGACCUGGUCCCAGUGCACAGCAUCAUGGACCACGAACACUUCCGACCCCUCUGCCUGGUGAGGAGGAAAAAAGCCAUGUUCCACUCAUCUCCCUGCUACAGGCAGACAUGGUACAGACUUGAGGAUGUGCUGCUGCCUGGAGAAGAGGAUAAGAGCAUAGAGUCCCUCUUUUCUCAUGGAGAUGGUCAAGAUUUGAGGCAAUUCACAGUCAAAAAAAUCAUCAGUGACAGAAUUGACGGGAGCCUAAGCCUUGCUGUUGACUCUGCAAGUGUGGAGCUCAAAGGAGCUGCCUCCCUGUCUCACGGGUGGACCAUCAAGCUGGAGAAGAACCACAUCCCAGUACCAAAACUGGAGGCACUGAAGACAGAAAGGAAGAUAAACACCAAUCACUCCUUCAUUCAACAGCUACUGAGAACAGACCAGAAUUUGUAUGUGGUUCAUGAAACGAUAGAGACCUCAGAGGAGACCAGCUUUGAGGAAUCCACCACGGCAGAGGGGAGCUUCAUGACCCAGCUUUAUGCCAAGUUUUCUGCAAAGGGCUCCCGAGAGAGCAGACAAAGCAUAACUAUACCCAAGGGCUGCACCCUGGCCUUCAGGGCAAUCCAGCUGAACAUUAAAGAUGUAUCAUGGGACUUUCUGUAUUUCCGAAGAUGCUGUUUAACGAUCGUAUCUGAUGGUUUCUCACAAGGAAAAGUAAGUGCACUGGAGGCAGAUGUCACAGAGAAUUGUAAAGUUCUCUCCACGUUGUCUUCUGAUCUGUUCAUCAUGUUUUUAAACACCAUCAAGGCUGUGAUGAGAGACAGGAACCUCUUUCAAGAGCUGACUCGCAAAAUGGAAGCAGUUCUUGAUGGAUCUGGUAGCUGUGAGCUGAAAACUGAAAGCCCGGACUUAAAAGAGCUGUUAAGCAGCUUACAGCAUUCCUCAAGAGAUCUUCUCCUCACGCUGGCAGGAGCAAUCACCUACACUCUGGACGCGUUGGACGAGCUAAUGGAGGAUCAGCUGCUGCUGUUGCUGGAGUCCUUGGAAAAGAAGAUCGUGUCCCAGCAGCUUAAGCUGGUCAAGAGCAUCUUGGAACAGGACAUGGGACAGGGGCGUUUCAGCGUGGCCGCCAGCCUGCUCGCCUUCUCACAAGAGGAGGAACAGAACUUAACCAUUGCAAUGGUUGAGAUGAGCGGAGUGAGGCUGGAGAAAGAUGGGUCAGCUGCCUCUAAAGCAGGAGCUUUCUCAGCUGUAGCAGCCCUGUACGUGUCUCUCUACAUCCUCAAUCUUCUGAGCAACUCAGAUUAGGGCACGUGCAUCCUCCCAUUAGGGAUGACUUCAAGGGGAUCAAAUAAUGAGGUGUCUGAAGGUCUCUUACUGCAAGCCAGUUUCUCUCUCCAAGUUGCAGCCUCAUGUAGGUGAGCCACUCACUCCUUUUUAAUGCUAAGGGGCUGCUUUGAAAUGAGUGGGGAAAGCAGAUUUAAGGCAGGAAGACAUGUUCACUCCUGCAAUUCAUGACUCGAAUAAUAGAAUCAUUACAAUUGGAAAAUGACUUUAAAAUCGAGUCCCAGCCUUCCCCUCACCCUGCCCAGCCCACCACUAACCCACAGCCCUCAGCACCUCAGCUCCACGGCUUUGGGAUCCCUCCAGGGCUGGGCACUGCCCCAGCUCCCUGGGCAGCCUGGCACAGGGGCUGACACCCCUCUCAGGGAAACAGUUCUGCUUCAGCUCCAAUCUAAACCUCCCCUGGGGCAAUUUGAGCCCAUUCCCUCUUGUCCUAUCAUUCAUUAAUGGAGAAAAGAGACGAACCCCAGCUCACCACAACCCUCUUUCAGGUAGUUGUAGAGAGUGGACAUAUCUCCCCUCAGCCUCCUCUAGACCAAAUACCUCCACCUCUUUCAGCUGCUCCUCAUAGGACUUGUUCUUCCAGACCCUUCACUAGUUCCAUUGUCCAUCUCCAGACAUGUUCCAGAAGCAAAAUGUCCAGAAAAAUGUCUUUGGUGCUGAGGUGAGGGAGGCCUGGCCCAGGCUGCCCAGGGAGGGUGUGGAGGCUCCUUCUCAGGAGGUUUCCAAACCCACCUGGACACGUUCCUGUGCCCCCUGAUGGAGGGGAACCUCUGUCUCUGGAGAGAGGCCAGCACAGGGCCAUCAAGAUGAUCAGGGGACUGGAGCAUCUUCCUGAUGAGGAAAGGCUGCGGGACCUGGGGCUGUUUAGUCUGGAGAAGGCUGAGAGGGGACCUUGUCGAUGCUGAUAAACCCCUAAUGAGUGGGUGUGGAGAGCAUGAGUCUUUGUUUUGUGGUGGCUAGUGACAGGACAAGGGGUAAUGGGCCCAGGCUGGAACACAGGCAGUUCCACUGGAACACAAGGAGCAAGUGCUUUGGUGCUGAGGUGAGGGAGCCCUGGCCCAGGCUGCCCAGGGAGGGUGUGGAGGCUCCUUCUCAGGCUUCCAACCCCACCUGGACACGUUCCUGUGCCCCCUGAGUGAGGGGAACCUGCUUUGGCAGGGGCUUGGGCUGGAUGAGCUCUGCAGGGCCCUUCCAGCCCCCACCACGUGGGGAUGCAGCAUUUGAAAGCUGUGGGCUCUCAGAGCACUCAGACACACGCCUGGCAACGCGGCACCUCCACCACACCCCCACACCCACCGAGGGAUAAGUUACACCAUUUCAAGGCAGCGCUUCAAACACUUGAACAACAGCUUGACAAAUAAAGAGCACAACUUCUUACUGAGUAA